UUUAUAAGUAGAUGCAACACCUCAUCUAUAUCUCCUUAUCUCAUACAGAAGAGCUAAAAUUGGCAGAAAUGGUUUCACAGAAGCCACUUGCUUGGAGCAGACUACCAUGAUGAGCCAGUCUCAGGGGAUCCACCAGCUUCUUCAGGCAGAAAAACGGGCCAAGGACAAGCUAGAGGAAGCCAAGAAGAUUCUGGGUCUACUUUACCUAAAACAAAGAGACUGGGACUGCUUCUGGAAAAGGAAAGCGAUUGAAGCAAGCCAAGGAGGAAGCAAUGGUAGAAAUUGACCAGUACAGAAUGCAGAGAGAUAAGGAGUUUCGACUAAUACAAUCUAAGAUAAUGGGCUCUCAGAGUAAUCUCUCAGAUGAAAUAGAAGAACAAACAUUAGGGAAGAUACAAGAACUUAAUGGACACUACAAUAAACAUAUGGAAAGUGUGAUGAACCAGCUCUUGAGUAUGGUCUGUGACAUGAAACCAGAAAUCCAUGUGAACUACAGAGCCACCAACUAAAUGUACAUCAUAGUUUUCAAGAAAAAAAAAAAAAAAGGUGUGUGAGUGCCACCUGGUUGCUUAUGGCUUCAUGUUUUUAUAUUAAGAAAUUUGAAAUGCGAACCUUGAAUUUACAUUUACAGGAAAUGUGACAUAACUCAUACGUCAGCACUGAAUUAAACAAAACAAAAUAC